CGGUGAUAACGUGGCGGCGAGUCCGCGCGCCUCAGUCAGCGACGCGGGUUCGCGUAGAGCGGUCGCGUAUAACGUUAGUGUCGGUCGAGUGACGUGCGGAACUCUGUGUUCGCGCUCGCGUACGCGCCGCAUUCCAUCGUGGGGGCCCUUCGCCGCCAUUGGCCGAUCCCGCGUGACGUCACUCCUCGUAAUGAGGUAUUCAACAUGGCCGUGUAGCUAGUUCGCGAGUGUGCUUCGUUAUUCGUUUGAAUGGAUUUAAUCAGUGAAAUAUGCCAAGGAGACGAAACGGUGAGAUACCCUUGCCCGACGGAUGGGAUUAUGCGAGGGACUUUGAUGGAAAAUUGUAUUUCAUCGACCACAACAAUAGAAAAACGACGUGGAUCGACCCGCGAGACAGAUACACAAAGCCUCAAACAUUCGCGGACUGCAUCGGGAAUGAGUUGCCUCUGGGAUGGGAGGAGGCGUACGAUCCUCAGAUCGGUCCAUAUUACAUCAAUCAUGUCAAUCAGGUGACGCAGCUCGAAGACCCCAGGCUAGAAUGGCUGAGCAUUCAAGAAGCGAUGCUAAGAGAUUACCUCCAUACUGCCCAGGAGGCUCUCGAGGCAAAGCGGGAAAUGUACGAUGUCAAAAAGCAGAGGCUGUGUCUAGCACAAGAUGAGUACAAGCACCUAAACAAUGCUCUGUCCACCCUCGCCGCGUCUAGAACAAGCCUGUGUUCAUCAACAACUUCCGUGACGACUACAUCAACGACGUCACGUCAUGAUCCCGAACUACUUCGGUCUGAGGUGACUCAGGCGCGCGGUAGAGUCGCGCAGUUGAGGAAGGAGCUAAGACAAGCCAGGGCAGAGGUGGCGUGUGCCAGAAGAGGGGUUGACACGCUUGCUGAAGUGGAGCAAAAAUUGAGCUCUCAGCAAGGAUGUUAUAAUAUAACCGAAGCUCAAGCGAUAAUGACCGAAUUGAAGAAUGUUCAGAAAUCUCUUACCUCAGGUGAAAAAGAGCGAGCUGAUCUUAUGCAAUCGCUGGCUAAGUUGAAAGAUGAUUUAACGAGGCUACAAUUAGCAGAUGCUUCGCCCGAUCUCUCAACUCUGAGCUUACCCCAGGAAAAAUUGAGCACUGCCUCCCAAACCGAUUUAUGUGCGGACUUAGUCCCUAUUGGCACAAGACUAGCUGAAAUGGCGCGGGUUCGCCUACAAUACGAUGAAGCUAGAAAACGGAUACAGCAAAUCCAGCAACAGCUUGCGGAUCUGGAGGACAAAGUCCAACCGGGUCAAGCGGAAUCUGAUAAAGAUCGACUUCUACUUUUUCAAGAGAAAGAGCAGCUCUUACGAGAACUGAGGAGUAUAACUCCGAGGACGAGAUCGAAACAAGAAAUGAGCGACAUCCAAUCAGAAUGCAAGAGAUUAGAACAAGAUUUGAAGAAUGCAUUCGAGAUGUCGAAUAAAUGUAUAGCGGACAGAUUAAGGCUACACGAAGAGAAACAGUUAUUGUUACAGCAGCUUAAAGAUGCAUUGACGUCCAUGACGACUUUGGAAGGACAGUUGAAAACCUUGUCAGCGUCUACGUUGUCCGUAUCUAGUAGUUCGAGUCUAGGGUCCCUUUCUACAGCGAGUAGUAAGGGGUCCUUGAGUUCGGGUAUCAGUUUUACAGACAUUUACGGUGGGCCGCAGAUAGCAAGUACCUUUCAAGCUGACAAACCUAUUGAUAUGGUGGAUCUACAUAGACGAGUGGAAAGAUUACUUCGCGGAGCGAGCUUCCCAGACAGUGCUACGCCGGGCGCAAGUAGUUCACCAUCUCAACCUUCUUUAUCUCCAAGAAGCAGUUUAUCAUCAGCAAGCCCACCACCGCCACCGCCAUCUUAUAAUCAGGUGGAGAGGCAAAGACGUCAGCAAAGAGAGCUCGAAGAGAAACUCGCUGAAAUGAGGAUAGGCGUCGCCACGGGACUUAACGAAGUCACUGGGCUGUCUACAAUUCCUGUGCAACUCCAAGGUCCUGGACGACCCUGUGAGCCUCUAUCCCCCAUUUCGGAAACACCCCCGCCACCGCUCUCACCGAGAACUCCAUCAUCUAGUGGUACAAACACUAGAUCAGUAUCGGCAGCAGUAAGCGACGAGUCGGUGGCUGGCGACUCCGGUGUAUUCGAAGCCGCGCAGGCUGGAGACGCAGCUAAUGCUGUGAACAGUGCACAAAUUGAGAUCAAAUUGCGCUACUGUUCCGACGAGAGUGCGCUCGAAAUCGGCAUCCUGAGAGCUCGGAACCUUCACGCUUUGUAUAUCGAUAUGGAAACAGAAGUGGCAGUCCGCGGCGCACUCGUGAUGGGUGGGGGCGGAGGUAUCGCCUUCAGUACCACCGCUUUAGCUUGGCGGGGUACCACUCUGCUGUGGAGGAAAAACCAGAGAGCAUCUCUGGGACCUAGGGCAUUGAGGGCUGCAACGCUACAGCUGAAUUUAGCUGCUGGAGCUGAAUGCUUGGGUUGCACGCAAGUCAGCUUAGCGGACUUCGACCCGGAUUCCGUGUCCCAGAAAUGGUACAAUGUGUUGAGUUUUAGAAGCAUGAGACGAGACGAGAGCUCCGACGAAUCUACGGUCAUUAGUUCACAGACCUCUACUCUCACGAGGAACAGAGGACCAGAGAGUAUGACAAGUGCGGAAUGUAAUGUGGACUGUGAGAACUCUGCCUCCGAAGACGAGGAGUCAAGGGAACCUUUAAAUCAGAUCGUUGAAGAAGAUUCGUUCGAAGAUUACAUUCCUGAAGAGGACAUAACGUUGGAGGACGAGUACUUACAUCCAGCCACCGCCGAGAAAGAGACAAACACUGAGUGCAAUUUCUGUCCGGAGGGAGCGAGACAACUGCACAGACGCAAAAGUCAACAAGUUAGCUCAAACCCUGAAGAGUCGCUCGCGACUAUAAAACGAUCUCAAACGUUCUCGCCUCAACCUCAAAGCAUCAGCAAAGGCCAGUACAUUUGCAGAUUAAACCGAUCUGAGUCUGACUCGUCCAUGGCGCAGUACGCGCGGAGAGGCACGCUACAACCCCCACCUGUGGGCAUUCCGUUCGAUAGAAGCGUUCGAGAAAGGAGAUCCUUGAGGUGGGGCCGCAGCGGCGCGGCGCGGCGCGGGCCGGCGCGCAGCCGCUCGGCGCGCACGUCGCUCGACCUGUCGCUGGACCUGCGCGCGCAGCACUCGCGCCUCACCGACCUGCGCCACGAGAUCGCGCACCUCACGCACCUCAAGAAGAGAUUAGAAGAAGCUUGCGCUCACGGUGACCCAGCUGUUGCCGCGUGGGUGGCUGAAGACGAAACUCUUCGAAGGCUAAUCUCAGCGCCGUUGGAAUCUGGAGACAGAGUGUCCAGACUGUUUCAUCGUACGUGUAGAGAGAUAUAUCGGCUACGGAAGUCCAGGCAGGGAGGAAGGAAACCGGAUUUGGUGACUUUCAAAGAAAAGAUGGCAUUCUUCACGCGCGCCAAAUCAACCGUACCAGUUCUACCCGACGAGGAAGGUGACUUAUCUGAAGACGAUUGGGAGGAACUCGAAGAGAGACGGACCCCAGACGGAAGAUCGUCCAAAACCUCCUACGAACUACGCAGGGAACCAGCCAGCAGCCAGACCGAUAACCGAGACCAAGUGGCCCAGGUUAUCGAAUGCAAAAACCCGUGUAUACCUGAACCAUUUAACUUGACUAUCCAUGAAGAUAACAAUGAGGAAAAUAACGAAGCCAAGACUGAGGAUGUGAGGUACGACUUUGUCGUUGACAGAGUCCUAGGUGUUCAAGUUUGAGUGGACUAGUUGGACGAUAUAGAAAAUGUAACUAAAUA